AUGGAUAAUGAUUUUACAUUAAAUCAUAACACUAGUGGUAAUCAACAUUCAGGUUCUGAAGCAAAACUAAACUUUGAUCUUGUAUCAAAUAGUCGAACAUACAACUUCCAAGCAGAAGAUGAACAAGAAUAUGAAGAAUGGAUAAGUAUAUUGAACAAUGCAAUGCAAGAGGAAUUUAGUCGAGCAAUGAAUGGGGAAUUUCGUAUACUUCUCAAUCUGAUCUAUCGGAGGGAUUAA